AUGUCAUCCUCUGAUAGUAACCAACCGCAAAAUGAAACUCCAGAAUCCUCAAAUAUUGAUCCCCAACAAACCCUAGAAUCAAAACCCCAAAACCCUGAUACCGAAUCCCGUACUUAUAUAAUUGAUGCAAAUAUUGAAAAAACCCAAGACGAAAAAACUAAAGAGACGGCCAUCGAUAAUGGAGAAGAAAUUCACGGUGAAGGAGCGGAAGGAGAGGAGGAGGGAGAGUGCGGAUUUUGUCUUUUUAUGAAGGGUGGUGGGUGCAAAGAAAGCUUUAUAGCAUGGGAGCAUUGCGUUGAAGAAGCUGAGAAGAACAAGGAAGAUAUUGUGGAGGAGUGCCUUGAUGUAACUCGUGCUUUGAGGAAGUGUAUGGAAGCUCAUGCUGAUUACUACGAGCCCAUUUUGCGGGCUGAAAGGGUGGCUCAGGAGGAGGUCGUCAAGGAGUUGGAGAAAGAGAAGGCUGCCGAGAAUUCAAAGGAUUCCAAAGGAAAUAGGGAUGUGGGUAGAAAUUAA